ACGGUCGGUCAUCGUUUUAAUAUAAUACCAUGGCGCAAGUCAAAAUAUCAUUUUCAUUAUUGACAAUAACAUUGGUCAUCUGCAAGAGAUCACAAUCAUUCAUGUUCGACCAGUGUGGUACUCGUCACACAAAUCUAACCCAAGAAUGUGUGGGAAAAUUUAUACUGGAGACUCUGGUUAAAGUCACUGAAGAUCCAGAAAAUUUCAUCAAAUCAAACCAAUUGAAUAACGACAGUGGAACGACCAUGCGAUUUAUCAAACUGAAAUUCGAUAACGAUACAAUGAACAUAGAUCAACGCUACGAAAUUGACGAAAGUAGAUCGUGGAAUACAGGGAAUUUUUGGGAUCAAUUGGUUUACGCAUUCAAAAAACUGACCAAUUAUAGUAAUGAUCACGGAAUCCUGUUGUCCCUCCCGCAAUGGUCGAAAAAAUUUCCACCUGUCACAGUCGUCGAUGAGAACGACAUUUUUGAAGUGGUCAACGAAAUGGUUUACCUAAUUACAGGUCGAGCCAAACACCCGCACAAGAAGUAUGCGCUGCUGUUCCCACUGCUGGCCACGUUCAAGUUCCUGGUGAUCAAAGCGCUGCUGGUGCCAAUACUGGUGGCUGUCAUGAUCAUCAAGAAGAUGCUGGUGCUCGGCGUCAUGGCACUGCCCACCCUGAUGACCAUGUUGCGACUCUGCCGAAACCCCAAUUUCGGGGGCUUCGGGUUCGGUGCCGGUAACCUGGUGGCUACGGGCGCUGUCGGCCCGGUCGGCCAGGCGGCCGCGUUCGCGCCGCUCACCGCCGACAUAUCCGGCGACUACUCCUCGUACGUGCAACAAUCGGCCGCCGCGUCCCAGCAGAACAACGCCUACAAGGACUACUCUAAGAAUUUGAUAGACGCCAUGAAGACGACGUACCAACGGCGAUGAAGUCUUCGGCGAAUGUACGAUCGAAUCGCAGUUGAUAUUGUUAUCAUUGCGUACGACUUUAAUUAUAUGCACUAACCCCCCCCCCCCCAAGUCAACACCACAACCCAUCGACAUUUUCAAAACCCGACUACCCUCAUUAUGUUAUAAAUACCUCAUCUUGUUACAGCCGACACCACCUACAUUGUCCAAUACGCACAUAAUAAAACGCAUUACCUAAUAACUGAUAUUUUGUUUCCUGCAGACGCGAUCUAAUACAUAUAUUAUAUUUUUCUUCUGAAAUAACCUCCUACUUCCAAAUGAUUUCUUAAACUGAUGACAAGUUACUUUUCGUAUUUCCAUUAAUUUUCAGAAAUUGCGUGAAAGUUAAAAGUUGGUAUACCGUUUGGAGCUAAUUAAGGUUUAACACCUCGCACUUUAGCUCAAUGUUGGUCGAUGAGUAUCUAACUAUUCUCAAAAUAACCGUACAACAUAUUCCUACUUCCCUUACUUUUAUUGUAACCUAACCCAUAACCAUAGGUAAAUUUUGUGAAUUCCCAAGUAUUAUACUCUGACUUGAUUUGUUUUUCCGAGUAACAGGAAAAAAACAGAUAGAUAUACCUAUAAUAAAACUGCUAGAUAUGGCGUGAUUUACGUAUAAGUAUCAAACCUGAUAAUAAAUUAUCAGUGAUAACAUCAGUUUAGAACACAAAAUCGAAUUAUCAGAUUUUUUUUUUUCAAAUUUAUCAUUCAUUUCAAACACACCAUCAUUAGUGAAACACAUUUGCAUGUUGCAUCAAAACUUUACUUAAUUUAUUGUUUUACAUAAUACUAUUAAUAAGUAUUAAUAGGUUAGUAACCUACACAUUAAUAAAUCAUAAAAUAUUAUAAUUGUAUUCUUGGGUAGGUACAUUUGUUCUUUUAUUUAUGAUUAUUUCAUUAGUCGUAUACAAUAAUGUAUUGGUAGUGGACACUGGACAGUGGUACAAUUUUCCUGUCGUUCUUUUGAUGAAGUCUACGACAACAGCUUUAAAACGUGUUGUGUCUUAUCGUUUAAAAUUAUAUUAUUUAUUUUUCGCUUGUAAAGUAAAAUUAUGUUAAGACCAGUCAUCAAUCCUCAUCUCGUGCCUUACGCUCGACGACUAAUAGGUACGCAUAGAUUUCCAACUGAAUUCAAGCCUAAUAGUAUUAGAUAGGUGGAUAAGCCGUUAGCAUUGUGCUAAACAGUUCCCACCCAUUUCUGGUUUUUUUUUUGGAAAAAAAAAAAGAAAAAAAAAGGUGGAUAAGCCGUUUAAAUAUGUUAAAAGACACGCCACGUUUUGAUAUAUUCCUGAAACCACUACCUAGAUACAUAUAGUUAAUGAUGUUUUUUAUUUAAAGUUUAAUUAUAAUUUACAGAUUACACCAUAUAUAUUAUACUGUUAAAAUGCUUUAUGACUAUUUUUUUAAUACCUAGAUAAUACAUUACUUAGGUAUAUUAUAUUUAUUUAUAUAGUUAUCAGUUAUUCAAGUACGGUGUAUGUAAUUAAGAAUAUUAAUA